AUGGACUCGCCGCUUCGUGCCUUGCUUCGUCCGCACGUUCUCUACCCUCUCUUUCUCCUGUUUCUCGUCGUAACUCUCAUUUUCACCCGCGCUCCCCGAGCUCCUGACGGCCGCAAAAUCCUCGAGUUUACGAGACGCCGAAUUUCGUUAAGCGCGCCGUCCCAUAUCGAGGAUGCCGCGUCAGGCGUCGUAAGUGGGACAGCCGGCGACGGCGCUCUCGACGCGGUGGCCGAUGCGACGGGCGAGGCGAACCCUCGCGUCGUCCACGUGGCGUUCGAUCCGCUCGUGGCGGAGGUGGAGCAGCAGCGCGACGACCGCGCGUGGGAGCGGCGGUACGCGCGCCUGCACGGCGCGCGGAAGCCGUUCCGCGUGCACUCGGACGAUCCGCGGAAGCACCACCUGCACGGGGAAGGCGUGGGGGUGGGCGACGAGGAGGCGGACGACGGGACGCUGGAGGGCAGCGAGCUGGCGGAGUUUGAGGAGGAGCGCGCGCGGUACAGAGACGAGGCGGACGACGCGAUGUGGGGCGAGCUGGACGGGCAACACCACGAGUUCACUGAAGACGACCUGAGGAACGACCACUUGAACCUCUCCCACCGCCUCGCCCUCCUCUUCCCUCUCCUCGACACCUCACCGCCCGACGGCCGCGUCAGCCAAUCAGAGCUCGCCACGUGGCUGCUGGCAGUGGAACGGGCGGCAAGCCUGCACCGCACGCGGCGGGAGAUGGAGGCGGUGGACGGCGAUGCGGACGGCAGGAUCACUCUGGACGAGGCGCUAGAAGACGAACUUGCCGACCAGGCAGUGCACCACGGCGAGGGGGGGUGGCAGCACGUGGGGGGGGAGGAGCAGCGGCGGGAGCUGGAGCAGCGGUUCCACGUGGCGGAUGCGGAUGGGGAUGGGCACCUGAGCCUCACUGAGCUCAACAGCUACUUGCAUCCGGAGGACAGUGAUGAUCCAAGCCUGCGCAAUCUCACACUGCUGCAGGAAUUCAGGGAGCGCGACAGUGACAACGACAGCCGCAUAUCGCUGGCGGAGUUCAAGGCGACGCUGUUCCACGAGCUCAUGGCGCACGACGACGACACCCACGACCCCGUCGAGGCUCUCGUCCACUUGCACGCCGCCCAGGCCGAUAAGGACAAAUGGACCAACGACCACCGCCGCCCGCACCGCACGGGCGGCGAGUUUCGGGAGGCUCUAGAGGAGAAGGAGAGGCGGGCGAGAGGGAGGUUUGAGGAGCUGGAUAAGGAUGGAGAUGGCUUCCUCUCCCCUGGCGAGUUUGAGCCGGUGCUGCGGGUGCUGUGGCCAAGCGAAAGGGACUUUGCUGAACAGAAGGCGGCAGAUAUGAUUCGGCAGGCGGACAACAAUGGUGAUGGGUACUUGCAAUUAGACGAGAUGCAAGAACACUCGCAUGUAUUUUACAACAGUGUUCAUGCACAUGAGCAACAAAGAGAACAUGUGAAGCAUGAGGAGCUGUAG